AACAGCAAAAUUCUGCCCAAAGUGUUUUACAAAAGAAGCAAAGUGCGAGCAUGCACUUCAAACCAUGCCACGCCAUAUUAGCAGUGAUGCUUGUGGUCAUAAUCUUCUUUUACAUGAAAAUUACACCAACGAAUUUACUUCCAGUCAUGAAAAGUGACAAGCAUACUUUUAACCUGCACUUGAACCUCACACCACCGGGAAAACUAACUUUUCUGUCUCCAUAUGGAGGAAGCUGGAUAAAUGGCAAAAAUGAUUGCAGCUGCAACAUUGGGAGACAAUUUCAUUUAAAAGCAUUUUAUGAUCAGAAAGAUAUUUUCUCAGUUGAAGAAAGGAGAAAACUACAGUAUGAACAACAUAGAAAGAGGAAUGAAUCACCCUUGAAGAAUGUAAUCAUGGCCCGACCCAAUUCCCCACUAAGCUAUCCUAUCCAUGGAGUUGAAGUAAUGCCGCUACAGUCAAUUGUCAUUCCAGGUUUAGGUGUAUUUGCAUCCGAAAGACAGAACUAUGUGGUGAAACUAAAAGCUACACAAGGAGUAUUCAACACAAUUGCUGAUGUCCCUGAGGGUGUGUUAAAUGGAUUAGGUGACAAAGAAUUAACAGUAACAAGCUCAAGUUUGGAAUUCAUCAAUGCUGUACUUAAAUAUAUUACUUACACAAGCAAAAAAUAUCACAUCAAUACAGCUGAUGUAGUGUCUUUUCAGUUUGAAGAGCAUGCUGCUGAAUUUCCGAUUAUUAUCAGACAGCCCCCAAUGCCAUGGUUGUUUGAUCCUGGACAAGACAGUAACAUCAAUUCCUUGGUAACCAUUACAACAAAGACGUUCUUAAGAUAUCAUAAGCUUCGAAUCUUGAUAGAUAGUAUUCGAAGAUUUUACCCAAUCAUGACAAUAAUCAUUGCAGAUGACAGUGAAAUUCCUGAAAAAAUUGAAGGACCCCACAUCGAACAAUACAUGAUGCCAUUCGCAAAAGGGUGGUUUGCUGGAAGAAACUUGGCUGCUUCUCAGGUCACAACUAAAUACCUUCUUUGGGUGGAUGAAGAUUUUUUAUUCACAAAAGAUACAAAAUUAGAAAAACUGGUGGAAGUAUUGGAAAACACAAGCUUGGAUGUGGUUGGUGCCUCAGUGAACGGUAAUAAAUUCCAGUUCAAGCUCUGGUAUGAAAAAGGAAAUGACGAUGAUGGAGACUGCUUGUUUUCCAAGCCUGGUGGCUUUCAUGCACUGGAUGGGUUUCCAAACUGUGUGAUAACCAGUGGUGUAGUGAACUUCUUUCUGGCCAGGACAGCGAAGAUACUGAGUGUUGGAUUUGAUCCUCGAUUGGCAAGGGUAGCUCACUCAGAGUUUUUCAUUGAUGGUCUUGGCAGAUUGCUUGUGGGAUCGUGCAAUGAUGUCACCAUUAGCCAUCAGACAAGGACAAGUGCAACAGAAGACUCAGUGAAAGCAGUUGAACAAAAAUAUGCAAAAUUUAGACAGCCUGCUAAGCAUGACUCAGAUUACAAACUUGCUCUACAUUAUUUCAAAAACCAUUUAAAAUGUUAUACCAAGAUUUAAUGGCUCUGGUUGAACACAGCCCCAGAUUUCCCAUAUGCACUGACGACACCAAGCUCAAAUUCAUCACUGCCUCUCUCAACCCCUCCAUUGCCUCUAUGUUAUCAAAUUGCUUCUUUGACACCCACUCCUGGAUGAACUGAAAUUUCCUGCAAUUAAACUCUUUUUCAAUUCUUUCAUGGAAUGUGAGCUUCCCUGGUAAGGUCAGCAUUUGUUGCCCAUCUCUAAUUGCCCUUGAGAAGAUGGUGAUGAGCUGCCUUCUUGAACUACUGCAUUCCACCUUGUAAACUUUGGGAAGAUUGAAGCUACUUCUUUGACUUCUGCCACAAACAUCUUCCUCUAGCUACAAAUUCCCUCCCCUUCCUAGUCAUUGUCUCAACCAAACUGCUCGUAAACUUGGCAUCCUAUUUGACCAUAAGCUGAGCUCCUGACCACAUAAAUGAUAAAGUAAAAUACUACGGAUGCUGGAAGUCUGAAAUAUAAACAGAAA